ACCAUUUGGACCAGGUGAACAUUGGAAGCGGCUUUUUCAACUUCGCUGAGAUCUUACUAAUAUGGCAAAAAAGUCUUACGACGCACUGUUUAAAAUUCUACUCAUUGGAGAUUCUGGUGUUGGCAAAACUUGCCUACUCGUUCGUUAUGUAGAAGAGUCUUUUGUACCAACCUUCAUUUCAACAAUAGGAAUCGAUUUUAAGAUCAAAACAAUUGAGUUAGAAGGAAAGAAAAUAAAGCUUCAGAUAUGGGAUACUGCAGGCCAGGAACGCUUUCAUACGAUUACUUCCUCUUACUAUCGUGGUGCUAUGGGUAUAAUGUUGAUAUACGAUAUUACCAGUCGCCAAACGUUUGAUAACAUCCAGACCUGGAUGAAUAGAACCUUUUCUUUAGCAUCAAAUGAGGUUGAGAAGUUGCUGAUUGCUAAUAAGUGUGACAUGGCGCAUAACCGAGUUGUAUCUUAUGAAGAGGGUUGGAGAAAAGCAGAGGAAUAUGGGAUUGGUUUUCUGGAAACAAGUGCGAAGUCAUCGACAAAUGUACACAAGGCCUUCGAGGAUUUAACUCGCGCCAUCCUCCAUAACAGCUCUAUACGUAGACAUGAGUCAUCUACGGUGACCCAGGUCCACCGGUUAGUCGAACCUCCAAAUUCCAUUUCUGGGACAUGCUGUAGUACAGGAUAGUCCUUCCAGUGAUUAUUUUCCUCACCGUUUUCCUUUCAAUAUUAACUUAUAGCAAUGCUUAUAAAUACAAUGUUACGAUUCAUCAUAAGAUCCAUAUUUUCGGCCGCCAAAAGACAUUCAGAGUUUUAGUUUCUGUCGUAAUUUUGGUUUAAUCUUUGUGUAGAGGUGCUUCUGUCAUAUUCUGGAUCUACGAUUUUGCGUCCGGUUGUGAUGAUGCACUUGCGCUAGCGUUGAAAUUCCUUGUUAUACAACACUAAAUGUUUUUCCACUUCAUAUGAAACCCACAAAGCCAAUUAGUCACCAUUUACUUUUUAAAUGUAAAUAUAUUUGGAUUCUUAUAUCUGACUUUUUGUCUGCAUAAAACCACUUAUCUAUGUCUCUCGGCUUCGAGUAUAUGAUUAGUUAUUUUGUUUCAUUUUGUGUUUCUUGGAAUUGUACUAAGAUUGCUUUUAUUUACUGACUUUCCCGUCCAUCAUUCCCUACCUUCACAAUCCACGUGGUGUAUAUGUUGAUUUUUGGGGGUUGUAAAAGUAAUAUUAAAAGAAUAAUUAAAGCCAAGUACUUAUAUAAUCUCACGGUUUAUCGUUUCUUAUACCGAGUUUAGCAUGUCGGUUAUAUAGGGUUACUGAUGUGUACAUAAUACUACAGAGUUGAUGAACUUUAGAAUCAUAUCUAGUGCGAAUACACAUACUGGUCUUAAUUUUCAUAUCACAUCGUUACAUCAGUACAAAACUGAAAAGGAAAAAAUAUGGAAUUAAAAGUACUUACGAUCCACACUUACCACUUUCUUCUAGUUACGUUUGAUGGUGUUGACGAAACCCUAAAAACCUUUUGUAUGAAGUUUACUGGCGGAAUGCUUGCAGUAUGACGAUAAGGCGUCUUUUGUCUCUGCUUCGAUAACUACCUAGUUUAUACCAUAAAAUUUGAAUGUGUGGAUUUGAGUUCCAAUCUACCUCAGUGUUAAGAUUGCAUGCACAACUUUUUACUGAUUGAUGCAGUUCAUAAUCAGAGAUAAAACGCGAUAAACUCGGUUGCUUAGUGGAUGUGAUAAGUCUGUCUAAAGUUAGUUUUAGUUUCGUUUGCUAUAUUCGUACAUAACUCAUUGGAGUCACUUUUUUGUAUAUUGAAACCGGUGGUUGACUGUGUUCUUUAAAAAGUAAUCUCUUCGUUUGAAAACAUGGUCUUAGGGAUUGUAGGUCCAAAAAUCGUCUAUGAGACUCCUUUCUCACCUUCCACCGUAUGUUAAGAUUUCUAUCUUACAUGUUUGGAUGAUUCUUACAAAUCGCCUUCACGGUAACCGGCUUUUUAGCAUACUUAGGAAAAGUACUCCUGUAUUGGGAGAUCAUUACUCACUUGAUAAGAUCAUUGAAAUUUAGUGUGUCUUACACAUCACAGACCUAGUGCUUUCAAAGUAAUUUGAAUUUAUAGUGAAAUAAUUGUAUUUUAACCUUAUCCUACUAUGUGUGUGUACUGAUGCACUCUUAUAUAAAUGUGGAAGAGCUCUGUGCAACCAAUUUCAAGGUACUUUUCUGGAGGCUUUUGAUAACGGUAUCCUUACUAUCAGGUAGUCUCUUUGUACUAGUUAGUCUAUAUUUGCUGUGUUAAACUUAUAAAUCAUAGCUUCCUGAUCACCGUGAAGUAUGUGGAAAAAAUUUUCGACGAGGGAUUUGCAGUUCAAUCACCUUAACUUGUAUUUCGGUUUUGAGCACUAAGCAAAGUUUCAUCGAGCUAACACUCGCUAGAUCUUGUUCUGGUUUUUAACAUUGCUAUUUUCUAUUCUGGUAAUAAUGAAGACUAAUAAUUUUGUGACUUCAAAAGCUAAUUGUUUUUAAUAAUUGAAAUGAUAUUCUAGUUCUACCAAACAGUACAUCUACAAUUGCAAUGUGUGUACCCAUGACUUUUCUUUGGUAUAAAUCCUAUCAAAUCUCAGUCUUCUAAACUAUGGGGAAUAAAACUCGGCAUUUCCCUCUCAAUGUGUAUACAUCUAUCCUCGUUGCUUUGUUUGUUACACCCUUCUUUAUAUUGUAGGAUUUUACCAAACUAGUAUUAACGGUGUUCCUGUUCAACCCUUAGACGUCAGUGUUUGUGUGCUCACAAAUAUGCGGAUAGUUAAGUCGUUAUCAUGCUGAAAUAAUGGUAGGAAUUACAAAGUCGUUCCGACCCAACUGUUGCUGAGGCAGUUUUCUCAUUUUUAUUGGUACUCAUCAGGUAAAAUAACUAGAAAUAAAUAAAUACAUAAAUAAAGUAUCUAAAUAAAACCACAGGUGACUUUGAAUGCAGUAUCAUAAAUAAACACACAUAGUAAAUUAACUAAUCCACUUUAAAAUUGCUAAUAUAGUUACUAUUUGGUCUACUAAUUAAAAUGCCUUAAUAUUAACUGUAAACUGGAGUAGUUUUGCCACUAAUAGAAAAUUGCGAAGCCCGCCUCCUGUAACUUGUACUAUUACAGCUCUGGUAUUUCUUGAUGGUUUUAUGUUGUUUGAUCUCAUAACUUAAUGAAAUGUGGAGAUAUGGAUUUCAUUUCCGAUCAGGUGACUUUUAUCACAAGAGCACCUGAGAGAUAACUAAAGGAAUUGGAUAUUUUGCAGGUAAGUUGCUAUCUAUAUCCUACCGUUAUAUGUAUAACUGUUGACUUACGUCUCGGCUUUUAUGAAAAGCUUUUCUUAAAUGUCAGUGCAAAUGUUGGGUUGCUUAUAUUUGCUCAUGCCAUUUGAGCUUAGUGGUAAAUGAUUAAAAUCACGUUUAAUAUUAUUUGACUGAUUUGUUCACUUGCACGAAAAUGUGACCGACCGACUAUCAUAAAGUUACUAACCCCGUUUCCUACUUACUGACCUAUGAAGUCCAACUCUUACGUUGAUCAAAUUAUUAACUGAAUAGUGGUUUACAUGUUAAAAUACUCGGUUUCUAAUAAGUAGAUCUUAAAUUCGGUCCCUACCUCACUUGUGAUUAGGUACCCAGUUACUAUUACAUGAACAUGUACUUAUUGUUUGAGUUAAACUAGUAUGCUUUAUUCUAGUUUUGUGUCUAGUUGUUAUGGAAAUGGGAGAUAUGUAAUCACUCAUAUAUGUUCAUAGUAUUAAGUGACAUAAUCACUAUGUAUUUAAUUUUCUAACAAGUUCACUGGUUGGAGUGAAAAAUGAAUUUUUCCAACGUUCCGUUUAGUAAGUGAUUGCUUAAAAUUCAUAUUUCUUGUUGUAUUGAAAUGUUUUCGUAAUAAAUAAACAAACAUUUAUAUCAUUAUUUCUUAGUACUCAUAGUGUGGUACUUAUUCAUUUUUCCACUAACUUUUCAUUUGUGAUAUGCUUUAAAACCAAACACACACUUAUAAAUCCUUUUGAGUAUUAAAAUGGUCACGAUCGCUUGACACAUUCAACAUUUAAACUUUUUGAUUAAUUUCUUGAAAUUAUUUUUGAUGCAGUUAUCAGUGAUUAGAGAUAGUUGAGUUAUUCCAAAGCAUGAGCUAAAUAAAAUAUCUUGUUUUGUGUGUAGAAUGUGUUUCCUUCCAAAUAGGUGAAAAUAAGAACGUCCGUCACUCGAUAAAUACAACUUGGCAUAAAUGUGUAUUAGCUAAAUUUGCCAUGUAAGAACAUCGUGGCUGGUGAAAAUUAAAAAAGAUACCAACCAAGGCAACGGAAACGAUGGUAGUUUAUGAUUUUGAAAAUGACUGUGUAGUGAAUAUAGUUUGAAACGAAGGACUGUAUUCAUGGAACAAAAAGCAUAAAAUAAUAUUCAAACUCGAAAUCUAGUGGAUUCCAAAGCUUGAAUGCAUCUGUGCCACCACGAUCGAUUUUGAGCUAUGUCAGUUAUAGUCUUCUAAUUUUGAUCCGGAUCACCUCAUCCAUCCAGACCAAGUAGCUUG